AUGAGAGACAUGGGACAGGGUAGCUUUGAGUUUGAGAAAAUGAAGCUGUUUCUUGCAUUGCUGGCUUUGCAACUCUGUUUUGCAGGGAUUCACAUUGUAUCUAGAGUUGCACUGAACAUUGGUGUUAGCAAAGUUGUUUACCCAGUCUAUAGAAACAUUAUUGCAUUGCUCUUGUUGGGACCCAUUGCUUAUUUCUUAGAGAAGAAAGAAAGACCACCUCUUACUUUUUCUCUAAUUGCACAGUUCUUCCUUCUAGCACUAGUGGGGUAA